GUCUUCUCCAUGCGGCUCGUGCUAUGACAGCCUCCGUGCUCCUCCACCCCCGCUGGAUCGAGCCCACCGUCAUGUUUCUCUACGACAACGGCGGCGGCCUGGUGGCCGACGAGCUCAACAAGAACAUGGAAGGGGCGGCGGCGGCGGCGGCGGCGGCGGCAGCGGCGGCGGCGGCUGGGGCCGGGGGCGGGGGCUUCCCCCACCCGGCGGCUGCGGCCGCAGGGGGCAACUUCUCGGUUGCGGCGGCGGCCGCGGCGGCGGCGGCGGCCGCAGCCAACCAGUGCCGCAACCUGAUGGCUCACCCGGCGCCCCUGGCGCCCGGCGCGGCGGCCGCCUACAGCAGCGCGCCCGGGGAGGCGCCCCCGUCGGCCGCCGCCGCCGCUGCCGCCGCCGCCGCCGCUGCAGCGGCGGCGGCGGCGGCGUCGUCCUCGGGAGGACCGGGCCCCGCGGGCCCAGCAGGCGCCGAGGCCGCCAAGCAGUGCAGUCCCUGCUCGGCGGCGGCGCAGAGCUCGUCGGGGCCCGCAGCGCUGCCCUACGGCUAUUUCGGCAGCGGCUACUAUCCUUGCGCGCGCAUGGGCCCGCACCCCAACGCCAUCAAGUCGUGCGCGCAGCCCGCCUCGGCCGCCGCCGCCGCUGCCUUCGCGGACAAGUACAUGGACACCGCCGGCCCCGCGGCCGAGGAGUUCAGCUCCCGCGCUAAGGAGUUCGCCUUCUACCACCAGGGCUACGCACCCGGGCCUUACCACCACCACCAGCCCGUGCCUGGCUACCUGGAUAUGCCGGUGGUGCCGGGCCUCGGGGGCCCCGGCGAGUCGCGCCACGAGCCCCUGGGUCUUCCCAUGGAAAGCUACCAGCCCUGGGCGCUGCCCAACGGCUGGAACGGCCAAAUGUACUGCCCCAAAGAGCAGGCGCAGCCUCCCCACCUCUGGAAGUCCACUCUGCCCGACGUGGUCUCGCAUCCCUCAGACGCCAGCUCCUACAGGCGGGGGAGAAAGAAGCGCGUCCCUUACACCAAGGUGCAAUUAAAAGAACUCGAACGGGAAUACGCUACAAACAAAUUCAUUACCAAGGACAAACGGAGGCGGAUAUCAGCCACGACGAAUCUCUCGGAGCGACAGGUUACAAUCUGGUUCCAGAACAGGAGGGUCAAAGAGAAAAAAGUUAUCAACAAACUCAAGACCACUAGUUAAUGGAUUAAAAGUGGAGCUAGAGGGCAACUUGAAGAAAUGCUUCAGAACUCGUUGCUUUUCCCAGAUAAUGGUUAUAAUGCUAAUAAUAAUUGAAGAAUGGGAAAGAGAAAGAGAGAGACACUGGCAUUUUGCUUUUCUAAGGGGGAAUCUCUUUCUCCUGUGGAAUCUACAACUCUUUUUAAAACUUUAAGAAAUGGUAAAGACUGCCAGUUCUCCCGCCAACUCCGACAGACCAUUAAAUGACAAACUCUAGAGUCAAACAUCAGCCCCCCAAAUACGCAAUUUCAGAUAAGUUUACCCUUUUACUGAAAUCUUGUAAGUAUUUAUGUGACCGUUAUAUUUUAGGACACUAUGUUAUAUGAUAAUGAUCAAUGAUUGGAAAGUUGGUUACAAAUGCAAGAGGCUUUUGUAAACAUCUGCUUGUCUUCUGGGUCACCAUUACCAUCCCCUUUGCAUGUUAAGUGACUGCUCAGGUAAAUCUUAGUGAAAUUCCUACCAUUGUUGUAUAUUCUGCAAAACACGUCAUGUAUAGAUUUAGAAAGGAAAGGAGAAGAAGGUACUGAAAUAAUGAUCUUGGACUAUUUACUAUGAAGGGGCAAAGGGAGAGAAAGCUCUUCCGAGGAUCGUUUGUCUUGGGAGUAAGUACAACCAUCGGAGUGAGCCUUUGAGGCCAUAGGAGAACCCCGGCUUGGAAAUGUCCUUCUGAUAAUAAUUUUUAAUUGCUUAUGACAAGUUUUUUUUGUGGCAUUUGGACAAUAUUUUCUGCCCCAAUUUAAUCUACUUCUCAAAGGAUUUGAUACAUUUAAAAAUAUUUAAAGCAUCAGAUAAUUCACAGAAUUCACUUUAUGUCAGAUCUUCUGAGAGGUCCCACCCUAACAUGGUGGCCUUUGGUUUGAAUACAAUUAAUUUUUCACAUAAGUUGGUAUUUCCCAAUAUUUACUAAACAUUGGCUAGAAAAAUAAUUUUCUUUUUUUAUUUUUAGAAAACUCAAAACGGAAAUCCAUUCCCCUAAAACAUUUAGAUGUUUACAUUCUAUAUUUUUGAUCUGUUAAGGGAUUAGUAUUUUUUCCUUGUUUAUUGUGUUAUGAGACUGCAUUAGAAAGUUUAGGGGGUUCAUCUUCACAGCACGCCUUUAAUCAAGCAGUUAUUUCAACCAGCACAUUCAUUUUGUUCAUAUUCACUAUAAAAUGCUAUCUUGUAAAUAAAGACAUUCAGCACACUGUGAAAAUGUAUCUGUGCACCUGCUUUUCAAAUAUUUCUAC